UGGGCGUUUUUUUUUUUUUUUCUCAAUCUCUCUCCAGAGUUUUUUUCCUGGGUGUUGCCUGCCUCAAUUACAACUUUGGAGUUUCACUGGGUGUUGCUGAGAAGAAGAGACAGGCCUGGUCAUUUCUGUAAAGUCAACCAUUUUAAACUUUUUUAAACAGCUCUCUUAGCUAGUUUACGUUGUACUUUUUAAGCCUAACCGGUGUGGUUUUAUUUUAGUCGCCGUUAGCUAGCUAGCUAAGCUAACUGAGCUCGAGUUGCUGUAACGUUGGCUGGGUUGCUAUCAAGAGAGGCAUCCGAUGCAGGCCAUUAAGUGUGUGGUGGUGGGGGACGGAGCUGUGGGUAAAACAUGCCUGCUCAUCAGCUACACUACCAAUGCCUUUCCUGGAGAGUACAUCCCCACAGUCUUUGACAACUACUCUGCCAAUGUGAUGGUUGAUGGGAAACCAGUGAACCUGGGCCUGUGGGAUACAGCAGGACAGGAGGACUACGACAGGCUCCGGCCUCUGUCCUACCCACAGACGGAUGUGUUCCUGAUUUGCUUUUCACUCGUCAGUCCAGCCUCCUUUGAAAAUGUCCGAGCCAAAUGGUACCCUGAGGUGAGACACCACUGCCCCAACACGCCCAUCAUCCUGGUGGGCACCAAGCUGGACCUGAGAGACGACAAGGACACCAUCGAAAAACUCAAGGAGAAGAAACUCUCCCCGAUCAUCUAUCCUCAGGGCUUGGCCAUGGCUAAAGAAAUAAGUUCAGUGAAGUAUCUGGAGUGCUCGGCUUUGACGCAGCGCGGCCUUAAGACGGUGUUUGACGAAGCCAUCAGGGCGGUCCUGUGCCCCCCACCCAUCAAGAAGAGGAAGAGGAAGUGCAGAAUAUUGUAAUGGAGAAUCACAGGGAGUAGGAAAUACAGUUUCAGUCAGAACUCGCCUACUCAGAGGGGAGAAGACCCUGGCUGGGUUCCCCAAACAUCUCUUCACCUCGUGUCCUCGCUUACAUUGACGCUCUGGUAGAUCAGACUUUCAUCUGAAAGAACUUCCCAGAUUUAAGCAUCGCUGAAGGUUUUCUGGCACAUCUGGUGUCUGUUUGCUUACAUCUGUUUAGUCCUUUCAGAUUGACAAGAGUGAAGCGACGUUGCUCAGGCCUUGGAUAAUGUGAGGGUGGGGGAUUUGAUUCGGGAGCUAGGGUUGAUGAAGCAGAAAGAAGGAAGAUCUUACAAAAAAAACAUCCAUGUCACUUUUCUCAGACAUUGUGAAGAAACACUACUUGAAUGUGAUUUUUUUUUUUUUUUUUUUUUAUCAUGAAAUUACCAGAUUGCUCUGCCCUCUUUCCCCUACACUCUAAGAAAUUCCUGCUGCCUUGAUGUCAUUUUCCUU